AUCUCCUAAGCCCUCUCUAAUCAGAAUCAUGGAAGCUGUAAAGCUCAUCUCCUCGCUCUCACUCAUCCUCCUUCCCCUCCUCUUUUCUUCGGCCCUAGCAGACCGAAACCGCUCGCCAUUCGAGUUCAUCAAUGGCCUCAAGGGAUGCCACAGGGGCAACAAGACCAAAGGCAUCCUCGAGCUGAAGCACUACAUGGAGAAGUUCGGUUAUUUGCACUACAACCACUCCAGCCUCCACGCCAAUGAUGAGGAGUUCGACGACCUCCUCGAGGAAGCCGUUAAGACAUACCAGCAGAACUACCAUAUGAAGGCCACCGGGACCCUCGAUUCUGAGACGGUUUCCCAGAUGAAAAAGCCCCGCUGUGGCGUACCUGAUAUCAUCAAUGGCACCAAUUCAAUGCGUCCCGGGAGGAAGGGGAGCCACCACCGACUGGGGUCCCUCCACACGGUUGGACACUAUAGUUUCUUCGAUGGUAGACCAAGGUGGCCGAGCAACAAGUACCACCUCACCUAUAGCUUCUCAUCCAGGACGCCAAGAGAAGCGAUUGACCCGGUGGCACGGGCCUUCCAGAAGUGGGCCUCUGCCACGCACUUCACAUUUACUCAGGUCCAGAACUACCAAUCCGCCGAUCUCAAGAUCGCGUUCGCCCGUGGGGACCACGGGGAUGGCUCGCCGUUCGAUGGGCCAGGUGGGACCAUAGCCCAUGCAUUCGCGCCCACCAGGGGGUGGCUCCACUACGAUGGGGACGAGCGAUACUCAGUGGGACCGGCUCCUGGGGCAUUCCACUUGGAGACAGUGGCACUGCAUGAAAUCGGGCACCUCCUCGGGCUAGGACACAGCGAGGUUUCGGGUGCAAUCAUGUUCCCAACUAUAAAUCAGGGGGUUUCUAAGGGUUUGCAUGACGAUGAUAUCCAAGGAAUUAAUGCUUUAUACAAAUAAGUGAAAUAAUAGGGGUACCAGCCGGAAUAAAUAGGGAGUUGCUUGUUUGUUUGAGUUAAAGGUGAAAUAUUGUCGGCCUCAGUCCAGAGUUCCCGAGUUUGAUCACGUUAAUGGGACUUUUCGUGUGCUUU